AUGACGCAGACUCUCCCUCAAGCCACGGUGGAGAAGGUGUCCGGCUCUGCUAAGAUCAUGCAGGAGAGCCUCGUGCACGGAAUCCGUACGAAGGCUGCAGCUAUCAGGAAGAGCUUUCAGCGCCCGAAGUUUUGGGUCUUGGGCUUCGGCUGGUGCUUGGCAGCCUGCGCAGGGGCGGCCAACGUGAUUGCCUUCAAGUGCUGGAGUCUUUAUGCAUCGCACGUGACCGGUAGCACAUCGGCCAUAGCCUUCCGACUCGAAGGCUACCAUCAGGGUGAGUAUGGCUCAGAGACGUUGAAGGAAGCAUGCUCGCUGGUCUUCUCCUUCCUUGUCGGAGCAUACACCUGCGGAAUCCUCAUUGACAAGAACCAAGUGCACUUCCUCGGGAAAGCCUUCUACGGCCUGGCCCUGGUCCUGAACUCGGCCCUUCUGGUGUCGGCGGCCUUUGUGCCCGGUCGGCUGCUCGCGGCCUCCCUGGUGGCAGCAGCUUGCGGCUUGCAGAACGCGAUGUGCACGUCCCACUUUGGCACUAUCAUCCGCACGACGCACGUCACUGGCACCAUGACCGACAUCGGUUCGACAAUGGGCCGCAUCAGCAUGAUCUACCUCAGGAGAGCUUGCCGCUGCAGGCAGCUGACGGAUGUCGAGCGUGCAGAGAUCGGCGUGGAUGCACGCAAGCUGGGUGUGCUCAGCGGGCUCUGGUCCUUCUACCUAAUUGGCGGCCUCGUCGGGAUCUACAUGGAGAACAUUGUGGCAGGUCCCAAGGCGCUUCUGAUCCCGGCUUCUGUCACUGGCAGUAUGGGCUUGACCUACAUGGCCUGUCGGCAGCUGUUGAAAGACUACAUCAAGAAGCUGGAGAAGGAGCGAUUCUCAGCCGACCUCAAGGAGGCGCAGAGUGCCCUGGCCCACAUGGGAUCUCGCCUGCACGAUCUCGAGAGCGGCGGCCAGAGCGAUCUGGUGGUAGACCUGGACGAAGAGAUGGGCAACAUGAUCGAGGCGCUGCACGAGGUGGAGGCCGACUUUGACAACCUGUACCAGCAAUCGAGCCAUGCCAGUAAGCCCGCCCCGCCGAACCGGCAGUGA